AUGCAAAAAUCUCCAAAUGUACAAAAAUGUACAUUUUGUCAUAAAGUCUUUACAUGUAAGACAUCCCUUCAAAAACAUCUACCAAAAUGUAAAUAUCAACAUAGUCCCUUAAACAAAGAAGAUGUAGAGAUUAUUCCAAAAACUGAAUAUUUAGACGAGAACCAGAUAUUAAUUGUAGAAAUGGGAGAACAGACCAGAGAUGUAACUCAAUUAAAUGAUAUUAAACUAGAGAAUUUAGAAACAGAUAUAGCUGAAGUGAGUCUACCUACUACCAACACAGAAGAACUGUUUGUUUGUAGUGAAUGUAAUAUGGCUUUUAUGACUUUAGAACUGGCUCAAGACCAUAUUUUAACUUCUCAUUCACAAUGA